AUGAGUUUAUCAUUUUCAUCAUUUGGGAAAAUUCUUGAAAAAACCCAGCCAAUUGCAGUUGAUGAAGUAAUAAAUCUCAAUGGACACAUACUCCCAACCAUAAAGAAGGAUAAAAACAAGCUCUAAAUGUUUUCAUUUUUGAGGAAAAAUGAAGGAAAACAAUAAAGUGAAUCCUUUCCCUUUAACGCUGUGUCCAGAAGAGCCAAACCAACUCUCUGUUGUCUAAUGCCAGAAAGAUCAUAUGAAGCAAAAUACACCCCAAAGUUCGAAGUUGUUUAGUGUAAAUCUCCUUCUUUUGAUUUUGGAUCAGGAAAUCAAAUAAGAACAAGAUCUAUCUCGAUUUGCAGUCAAGAUUACUACAUUGAUUAAUACACCUCCUUUAGAACCAUGCAGAAAUCACCUAAAGCUUAAACUGAAAAGAAAAACACAAUCUCCCAUAUAAAAGAGGAAUGCCCUAAGUUAUUGCAUUCCCUAAAGGUAUAAUUGGAUAAAAAUAGGAGAAGCAAGACUCAUAAUUGUUCUCCUGAUUUUAAUAAGUAUACUGAUCGUAAAUAUACUUAGAGAGAAUUUUUGCAGCAAUACGAUUUACUCGGAGUAAAUUAUGCGAGAAUAAACAAAAGACUUGAUGUAGGAUAUGUUGAAUUCAGUAAAUUUACUAACAAAGUAAUGAUGAAACAAGACAGAGCCGAAACACCCCCAUCUGUUCGUUUGGAGUACAACUUUGAUAAGCCAAAACAAAUGAGAAAUAUUUAUCUAGGAAACAACAAACCACUGUAACCAAAACUCAAACCCAAAUAACUAUAAACUCUUAAUAAUUGUGGGCAAAGAUAGAUCAAAAGAACAUAGGAACUAAUGUAAUGGCCAGACUAGUGA